UUAACUUGAUUUUAUAUUUUUUUUAUAAAGUUAGAACUUGGAAUGGGUAACCAAAAUAAAAAUAAUUUAUUAUCAUAAAUAAUAACGUUGCUUUAUUUGAAUAUUUCACUAAUAUGCAGUUAACUAUUUACAGAAAGGAAAUAUAUUUUCAGGAUUUUAUGAUUUUAGAUUCCUUUACAAUUACAUAGAAUACUAUAAGGCUUAAUACUUCUUGAUACUGAAACAUGAAAUUUAAACGCGGGUAUUACGACGUUUUUCUGCAAACUUGUGCCAAAAAUCCAUCCAGAAUUGCCGUGAGGCAUUAUGAUAACAGUAUCUACAAACACUAUACGUAUUCCGAGUUAUAUGGUGUAUGUGAAUAUAUAUCGCAAAAUCUGCAACAACUGAAAUGUAAUAAAGGCAUAAUUGGAUUAAUAUCUGAAAGAAACAUCAUCAUACCAUGUGUCAUAGCUGCGGCUCACAAAUGCUGCACAACAUUCAUGUUCCUGGAUCCAUCACAGGAUGUAGAAACUGUAGCUAAGGAUAUGAAAUUUACAAUUGUCAUAAAUAUUACAAAUAAGGAUGCAGCAACUACAUCUGAGUUAUUUAAUAAAAAACCAGAUAAGUCCAUAACCAUUUUUGAUUUGGUUAUACAUUUUUAUAAUUUUGACUAUCAGAAUAGUACUACACAUGUACCUGAACACUCAUAUAUAGCAAUGACAUCUGGCAGCACUGGAGAACCAAAACACAUACAAGUGCCUGUGCAAUGUAUUCAACCAAAUAUAGAUGAUUUAACUAAAUUAUUUAAUAUUACUGCUGAUGAUAUAAUAUAUUUCUCUACACCACUAACAUUUGACCCAUCCAUGAUAGAGAUACUGCUCGCCUGUAUGAAUGGAGCCUCUCUACUUAUUGCACCUGAAAAAGCAGACAUAUUAUUCCCCAACAACAAAGAGAAUUCUGUGACAUUUUGGCAACUUACACCAUCACGAUUUUUUCAGCAUUCAAAUUCUGAUAUCAAGAAUAAAAUAUUAAGUGCAAAUUCAACAUUGAAAAUACUAGCUUUAGGUGGUGAGCCAUUAAAUGGUGUGAAGAGACUAAAGGAAUUGAAAGAUUGGGAUAAUAAAACUAGAAUAUUCACAUUGUAUGGAGUAACUGAAAUGUCAUGCUGGGCUUGUGUUGCUGAGUUAGAUCUUAACAAAAUACUAACUGACAAAGAAAUACCAUUAGGUAACUGUCUGUCAGAAACAGAAUUACAUGUGGAAUCAAAUGAUGACAAUAAAGAAUGUGGAAAAAUUAUUUUAGUAAGCAAAACAAGAAAGUGUGUUAUAUUAAACAAAACCAUUGGAAAUGAAGAUGAAAAUUCUUUAAAAUUCAUUGACACUGGAGAUUUAGGUGAAGUAAGAAAUGGCACUGUGUAUUAUCGGGGUCGCAAAGAUGAUAUUAUUAAAAGAUUUGGGCACAAAAUUAAUUUACAGUUUAUUGAAUCAACUAUAAUGCAAUGUCCGAGUGUGAAAACAAGCUCCUGUAUCUGGCUCCCAAAACCAUUACUUCUGAUUGCCUAUUUCUCAUCAGAAACACUUAGCAGCCAAGAGUUGUCCAACUUUUUGAAAUGUAAACUUGAUGAUAAACAUUGGCCAGAUAAAAUAAUUAGAGUUGACAAUUUACCAACAAAUCCUCAUGGGAAGAUAUCUAAAUUGAUAUUAUCUAAAAUGUUUGAAGAAACAAUGAACACACCACAGACAUUAGAUUCCUUAAAAGUGACUUUCUUAAAGGAACUUCAAGCUGUAAUGGGUCAACACUUCACUUAUGACCAAAUUAAAAGUAAAGACUUUUUUGCCAUUGGUGGCACAUCUUUUCUAGCGAUAUCUAUGUGUAAUAAGCUUUCACUACUUUGUCCAAAAUUUGGUAAACUAAUUCUCCCUUACUUAAUGUCUCAAAAAAAUACUAUAGAUGAUAUUAUGCAAUUGGCAUAUAAAGAAAUACAUGUUGAUGAAAUAAAAGUUAAGAAAAAAAUUAAAAGGUCACGGUCAGAUGCAGGUGGUUAUGUAGAUAGUCAGUCUUAUAAAAGAACUAACACAAAAAGUCUGACAAAUCCUGUAAAAUUCAUUGUGUUAUGGUCAUAUGAUACUGGAAAAUGUGUAGAUGCUUCUCCAUCUUUAUUUCAAAUAGGAUUCAAUUUAUAUGUGACAGUCGGGAGUCAUUCAGGGAAGAUUAUAGUCAUGGAUGCGAUAUCUGGAAUAUUGCAGGGCAUGGUAACAGUGAAAUCACGUGUUGAAGCAUCUGUAUUCUGUUACCACAAGAGAGACAUGUCACCGUGCGGUGUGGUUGGUGCUUACGAUGGCACAGUGGUAUGCUUCCAAUUAGAAACAUGCAAAGAGUUGUGGAGAAUCAACAUUGGAUCAAUGAUAAAAAGUAAAGCAACAUGUUGCAAUGAUCUACUCUACAUUGCUUCCUAUGAUGGAAAAAUAAGAUGUAUAGAUAUUGCGAUAGGGGUAAUCAAAGAGACUAUAUAUGUGGCAGAUCAAGGUAUAUCAGCUGAUCUAGUACUUGCUAAAAACAAGUAUGUGUUAACCAGUACACUGUCUGGUGUGUGUGCAAGUAUACAUACUCUAACCAAUACUGUGGCUUGGCGCUGCACACUGAGUAGUCCAGUAUUUGCAAGUCCUGUGCUUUACGAUGACGACAAGUAUGUGGUAUUCGCGGAAGUUAAUGGUGAAAUACAUUGCACGACCGUUGAAAAGGGUAUUAAGAUAUGGAAAUAUCAAGGAGCAAGAGGUAACAUUUUUUCCUCCCUCUACAUAAAAGAAGUUGAUAAACUGAAAUGGCAAAUGGUUUUUGGCUGUCACGAUAACAAAGUUUACAGCAUUAAUAUCAAGAAUUUCCAACCUAGCUUGAAUUGGAAAGCACAACUCACAUCACCUGUAUACUCCACUCCAUGUGGUCUAAGUGACAAAUUAAUACUUGCUGCCUCUAAUAAUGGCAGGUUAUGCAUUAUAGAUGAAGAGAACGGGAUAAUAUUGGCAGAACAUCAUCUGCCAAAUGAAACAUUUUCAUCACCAGCAGUUUAUGGAGAUUACAUAUUCAUUGGUUGCAGGAAUGACCACCUUUACUCUUUGAAAUAUGUUUUAAAUUUAUAACAAGCCUAUCUAGUCAAAUGUAAAGUAUGGAUAUAAUAGAUAAUCCACAUUAUACCUAAUAAAAUUUUACCAAAAUAUAGCAAUAAAAACAUGUUUAAUAAAAAAGUCCUUUUUAAAUAUUAUGUAUCUUUAUUGAUGAUCUUACACAAAACAUAUACAUGUAUAGUGAGCAUUCAUAUUUUUGACAUAUUACAAAUAUGAUAUGGUUACAGGAUCAAAUAAUGUACCAAAAUGGAAUGCAUAAUUCGACAAAUAAACUUACCACUUCUCUUGUGCAGAUCAUUAUUAGCAGCAUUUUAGACUUAAAUAAUAAAAGCAUCUUAAAGACAAAUAAAAUCAUUUAAAUAAUAAUCUUUUUUGAAUCUUUUUGGUAAUAAUACAAUAAUACAUUUACUGGGGCCAUUUCAAUGAGAAUAGUU